AAUUUAAAACUUUCAAGUUCCAAACUUUCACUUUAUUAUUUAUCCCCUCAGGCUCCUCCUCUCUUCUUUCUAAUUAUUUCUAUAAAACCCUCCACCAUUUACAAAAUUUCCACCUGCCCCCCCUUCUGAAUUCCCCACCCACUUUGUUGCCUGGUGGGGGAAAAAAGUUAGGAGGAAAGUGAAAAUUGUCUUGAGGUGAAAAAGAGCAUAGAAAUUGAGUUGGUUCGAUUAAAGUUUGGUGUGUUGUAUGCAUAUAUGCAUAUAGUAAACCCAAUGGAGAAAGACGAUAACUACUCGAACGAAGCUGCUAUGCCUCCAAGUUUCUCCAGCCACCAAGAUCUCUACAAUAACCAAGACCAGUUCAUGAGGUCUCGCCCUUUCGAAGCCUCCGCAGACAACACCACCGGAAUCCUCACCUACUUUCCGGCUAACCCUCCGCCGCUGCAGCCAAUAACCUCUCCGGACAAGCUCAGCUUUGCCGAGGUUAUGCAGUUUGCCGACUUCGGUCCGAAGCUCAGUCUCAACCGGUUCGACGAUGAUGACGAACCGCCAGGUAUCGACCCGGUCUAUUUCCUGAAGUUCCCGGUUUUAAAUAAUGAGAGGGCGGAGGAGACGGCGGUAGCUGGAGAGGAGGAAGCGGCGGAGAUGGAAGGGAGAUUAAUUGUAGGGGAAUUAGAAGAGGAGGAGAAUUUUAGGAAUAAUAAUAAUAAUAAUAAUAAUAAUAAUAAUAAUAAUAAUGGUAAUAAAAGGAAAAGAGGACGGACGGUGAAGACAAGUGAAGAAGUGGAGAGCCAAAGGAUGACACAUAUUGCGGUUGAGAGAAAUCGAAGGAAGCAAAUGAAUGAACAUCUUCGAGUUUUGCGCUCUCUCAUGCCUGGUUCUUACGUUCAAAGGGGAGAUCAAGCUUCCAUAAUAGGCGGAGCAAUCGAGUUCGUAAGAGAGCUAGAGCAACUCCUGCAAUGUCUAGAAUCCCAAAAACGACGUCGUCUCUUAGGAGAACCACCACUAGUGCAGGCCGCGGACGCACCGCCGCCGCAGCAACCGCCAUUUCUGGCACCGGGAGCAGGUAAUUUUCCAGGUCAUCAAAACGACGGGCAAAUAUUCGAAACGACAGCGGAAAGCAAAUCGUGCCUUGCUGACGUGGAAGUGAAAGUAGUAGGGUUUGACGCUAUGAUAAAAAUCCUGUCAAGAAGACGACCGGGACAGCUCAUCAAAGCCAUCGCUGCUCUCGAAGAUCUUCAACUAAAUAUUCUUCACACAAAUAUCACCACCAUUGAACAGACUGUUCUUUAUUCUUUCAACGUCAAGAUAGCAAAUGAGUCAAGAUUCACAGCUGAAGAUAUAGCAAGUUCAGUUCAGCAGAUAUUCGGUUUUAUUCAUGCGAACACCGGCAUGUGAUGCAAUAAAUUGAACUCAUACAUAAUCUCUAUAUAUUUGUAUUAUUAAUAUUACUUCACAACUUUCACAAAUUUUUUUUUGCUUUUCUCUAUUGUUGUUUCAUUUUUAGUUAUUACUUAUAUUAAUAAUAUAUAUAUAUACUCAUGAAUUAAAAAA